UCAAACCCUUAGAACCUGAUCCGGUUCAUACCGGCGGAGGGACUGCUGCUGUUCUUGUUGUUGACCAUGCAUGUGUCUUCGUAUCUGCUGUCCGCUACUCCAACUUCCAUUAGGUUCCACCUGACCUGUCGAGAUGCUGGCGAGUGGAGUCACCUAUGGCGUCAUGGCCGCAACUCUCAUCGCCGUCGCUGCCUACGCUAUCGUUAUGAGUCGACACCUGAAAAUCAACUCGGUUAAGAACUUUGUCAGCGCAAGGAACUCAACGUGAACCCUCCGUCUGGCCUGGUGCCUUUUCUCGGCUGGUAUCGGCGCAGGAGCUCUCUUUUCGUUCCCUCAGAUUGGCGUAGAUGCUGGAUCGUGGGGUGUGAUCGGCUACACGUUAUCUGGAGUCAUCGGAAUGAUAGUAUUGGCACAAGUCGGGCCAUACACACGCUCUGCACUGGGCGAAAAUGUCACCAUGACGGACGUGGUCUCGAACCGCUUCGGCUACAUCAUGCAGGUGUACGUGGGCUUCAUCUCCAUGUUCUACCAGUUCAUCUGUCUGGCCUCCGAGUACACGUCCAUCGCGCAGCUUACAACGAUGAUGUCACCGAACGCACACCCGAUCGUAACGAUCUUGAUCGUGGCCUUCCUCACGAACCUCUACCUCGUUAUCGGAGGUCUUCGUGCCAGUCUUGCCACUGACGUGUGGCAAGGCAUUGGAGUCGUCGCUCUGGUGGCUGUGGUGUGCAUUGCCAUGUUCUUCCACGUCUCAAUCCCUGAGGGUGCGUGGUCAAGUACCAACGUUGCAGCCUUCACCACUGCUGGCUUCGAGACGCUGGUGACGCUGGUCAUUGCAGUGACGGCGUCCAAUCUCUUCUUCACGGGCUUCUGGCAACGUGUGUAUGCCGCUUACGACGACAGUACCCUUCGCAAGGCUGCAUACAUUGCCAGUAUCAUCAUUGCGCUGUUCACGGUGGCACUCGCGAUGGCCGGUAUGGUUUCGUAUCUCGCGUAUCCGGACGGUCCUCUGUUCUUCGCAGUGCUUAUCGACAUGGGACGUGGCUGGCAAGUUCUCAUCGUUGUGGUCAUCGCCAUGCUGUCAAGUGGAGUGUCCGACUCGAUUCAAAUGGGUCUGGCUGCUGAGCUCACGACGUGCUUUCCCAAGCUCUCGCUGUUGCACGCACGUGUCAUCUGUGUGCUGCUUAACGCGCCGGCUAUCGCGAUCGGAUACCAGCAGUACGAUAUUCUGACGCUCUACUUGAUCGCCGACUUGUUGUGCACGGCUGCUGUGGGGCCCAUGCUGCUUGGCACGUGGAAGCGCGCUACUCGCACUGGAGCUCUGGCUGGCAGUGCUGCUGGAUUGGCCACCAUUUUCAUCUGCGGGGUGAUCGCACAGGGAAAGUUUGUGGGUGGCUUCAACUGGUUCAUCUUGCCCGAAGGUCUCUACUCGCAGAACAGCAUGAUCACGUUCAUCGUGACGCUCAUCAUUCCGCCCGUUGUGACUGUGGGUGUGUCGUUGCUGACUGAACCGAAGACGAACGAAGGGGCCCGAGACAACAGCUACCUGCUUGAACACUCUCCCGUCCAAGAGGCCUCCAAACUCUAAACAGGAGAUCUUCUUAGCAGCUUACCACAAGCGCUUGUUUAUCAUUUCUCAAGUAAUGAUAAAUCACAGCAAAACAAAAUCAUUCUUGUCAUUCUUUUCAAUUGUUGCCAAAGCUUUGGGGCUAAAAGUACCAACGGCAAAGUUGCCGAAAGAGAGAAAAGGAAAUGGGAAGAGCUGUAACCGUGUACUACGUAGUACUACGCAAGCAGCAGGAAUGUGGGAAACAAUGCAGAGGAUGAAGCUUAACAUCACUUGCAAUUCUUUUCCGCGACUAUGGAGUUGUGGAGGGUAGUGACUCAUGUAAACGCGUAACGUGAACGCCUCACAAUUAAACUAGUUGCCGACCGAAGACUGUGGAGAAUGAUAAAUCUAGCAUGAAGAUACCAAAGCC